AUGUUUCAAACUGGGGGCCUCAUUGUCCUCUGUGGGCUGCUGGCCCAUACCACAGCCCAGCUGGAAGUCCUGCCCUUGCCCCUGGACCAGAACCUGCUUUUGGCUGGGACUCCACCCCAGGCCCCACAUCCCACAGAUCUUGCUGGAAGCUUAACAAGUGGUCUCAGCAGUGGCCUGCUCUCUGGGGAUCUGUUGGGCAUUCUACAAAACCUUCCACUCUUGGACAUCCUGAAGACUGGAGGAGACACUUCUGGGGGCCUGCUUGGGAAAGUGACUUCAUUGGUCCCUGUCCUGAACAACAUCAUUGAUCUGAAGAUCACUAAUCCCCAGCUCCUGGAACUAGGACUUGUGCAGAGCCCUGAUGGCCAUCGUCUCUAUGUCACCAUCCCUUUGGGCAUGAUCCUCAAUGUGAAUACGCCCCUGGUCGGAAGUCUGUUAAAGCUGGCUGUGAAGCUAAACAUCACUGCAGAAAUUUUAGCUGUGAAAAAUGAACAGGGGAAGAUCCACCUGGUUCUUGGUGACUGCACUCACUCCCCUGGGAGACUGCAAAUCUCUCUGCUUGAUGGAUUUGCUCCCCUCCCCAUUCAAAGCCUUGUCGACAGUCUCAGCGGCAUCUUGAAUAAAGUCCUUCCUGAGCUGGUACAGGGCAAGGUGUGCCCUCUGGUCAAUGAGGUUCUCAGCCACUUGGACGUCACCCUGGUGCAUUCCAUUGCUGACAUGCUGAUCCAUGGGCUGGAAUUUGUCAUCAAGGUCUAA